AUGUCAAGCGACGACCAGCAGUUUCUAGGCGUGCUAGCAGAGUACUCCAAAGAUGUCCGCACCUUUACCGGAUCGAUAUGGGAUGCAACGGAUGCGCAUUUUGCCCAUGUAGCUGGAUACAUCAAGAAGAGCCUUCCUGAAGGAUGGCUUCCGGAACGCGCACGACCACGUCCACCCCCUCCAUCCCCGCACACCAUCACUGGCACAUACUUGCAUCGCCUCCAACACUGGGUAUCUGAGAACCGGGCGUUGACGGCUGCGAUUGUCGCCUUCUUUGGCACAGGAGGCUUUCUUGUCUGGAGAGAACGAAGAAACUACAACCGCAAGAGGCGAGCGCGGAAAGCGAGCAAUGGGGCACGAACGGAGGUUGUUGUAGUUCUUGCUGGGCCUCCCAACUCGCCCAUCGUCCGAUCGCUAUCCCUCGACCUAGAACGACGCGGCUUUAUUGUAUAUAUUAUAUGCUCUAGUAUGGACGAAGAGCAGCAAGUGUUGAGCGAGUCGAGGGCAGAUGUGCGGCCGCUGCAUCUGGACGUGGUGGAUACCAUGGGCACGCAGGACGCCAUUGACCGUUUCAACGCUCUUCUCGCAAAGCCGCACGUCGCCUUCUCGGGGGCAACCCCGCACAACCUCCACCUCAGCGGUGUCAUACUGGUGCCUGACCUCAUUUAUCCUACUGGCCCCGUGGAAACAGUGACCCCUGAGCUUUGGUCUGAUGCCCUGAACGCCAAGGUACUCAACACUAUCGCUGUCACGCAGGCACUACUGCCUACAGUCUGUGAGUUCAAAUCACGCGUCUUGAUGGUCACACCCAGCAUCAUUGCAUCAUUGCGGCCGCCAUUUCACAGCGUAGAAACUACCAUUGUAAGUGCCCUCGAGGGUUUCCUGGCCUCGCUCCGCGCUGAGCUGGGGACCCUGGGCAUUGAGGUGCUGCAAUUUCAUCUAGGGACGUUUGAUUUCACCAACGUGGGGCUCAAACAGCAUCUCCCGACUAGAUCGAUCGCCAGUCCUGUUGCUUGGCCAGCAACAACAAGGGCCUUGUAUGCGAGCAACUUUGAAGCCCAGACACGGGUCGCGCAAAACCGGGGACUGUUAAGCCAGAGCGGAAGCUCACUUCGGGAGUUACAUAAUGGCGUGUUCGACGCCCUCACACAAAAGCGGCCGCGAAAAGUAUGGCGAGUAGGGCGCGGGAGUGUCACAUAUGACCUGGUGGGCAACUGGGUGCCAUCUGGGCUCGUAGGAUGGAUGAUGGGACUACAACGUGUAUCCCUCGACAAGGCGUCGAAGCCAAAGCUAGAGGAUAGCGUGCAACUACAAGCGUGGGAAAGAGUUGAUGCGAUCGCUUAG